CUUUUGCUACUGCUACUGCUACUAUGAGAGACGUGCAGCUCUCGUAACAUCUCCCAGCGCGAAGACAACGAGUAAGUAAAACUAGCAGCAGCGCCUCCGCCGCAUGGAAGAGCCCCGUUGGGACCCGGAAGUCGCCCUAGCUUGCACCGGAAGUCGCCCUCCCUUCCCUCUCGCUGUCUUUCUGCCUCCAUCUUGCGUCCGGCUCGUCUAGUACGAAAUGCCUGGUGAAGCCACAGAAACUGUUCCAGCGACGGAACAAGAGCUGCCACAGCCUCAGGCUGAAACAGUAACUCUACCCCCAGUUCCUGGGGCCCCCAUGGAAGUGAUGCGGACAGCUGAGGAGUCCGAACCAGCUGCCACCAAGAAUCCUGAGGUGGCAGGCAAGGGUUCUCAGGCUGGGACUGCUCUGGAGCCUUCAGCUCCUGGUGCUCCUGAAGCGCCUGCAGCCUGUUUUUCUCAGCCUCCUAUUCGAGCAUCAGCUGCUGUUUCUGGCUCCUCUGUAUCUAGCACUGCUCACCCUUCCUCUCCAUCCCAUGAUGCUGGCUUGCCCUUUGCUGGACUCUGUCCUUUCAGUACUCCAUUGGCACCUACUGGCCUUGCUGCCUCACCUGGGCAGCUUUUCUCCUUUGUGGCUACUCCCUCCUCUGUCUCCCGAGAAUCACUCUCUCCUGGCCCUACCCUGUCUCCUAGUGUUCCAGCUGUGGUGGCCCAGAUUCCUUCCUCUCCUCUGAAGCCUCCAGAUGUGGCUGAUUCUGCACAAACAGUUACCCCCUCAUCUCCAAGCACUGCAUUAGGGUCUGUGGCUUCUCCCCGAUCCCCAAUAAUUUCCUCUGGGUCUUUUAGUUCAGCUCUUCCAGCCUCCCUUGCAGGCCCAGCGCUGACAGCGUCUGCAGCCCCCAUUUCUCAGUUGCCAUCAUGUCCUCCUGUUCCAGCUCCUUUCAUUCUCCCAGUCGCCCCUGUUUCUCAUCCUCUGGUCCCAGGUCCCACUGUUCUCCCUGUUAUACCAAGCACUUUUCACAUUCCUCUCAGCUCUCCUGUUGGUCCCACGGCCCCUGCCACUGCUCCUGCCCCUGUGGCCCCAACCUCUGCUCCUUCUCCUGGUCCAGUUUCUGUAGUUGCUUCUCCCACAUCACCGUUACCUGUUCUUAGCCCUGUAACCCCUUCUCUGAUUCCUGGUACUCCUGUGACCCCUGCUCCUGGCCAAGUGGCUUCACCUCCUGUGCUCUCUCCCCACGUGGCUAAAUCUCAUAGCACUGUGGUCCCACCUGCUUCUCCUACACUCAAGAAUUCUGUUACAGCAUCUCUUUCUCCUCUACCCCUUGCAGUGACUACUCACAGCUCUGCAGCCUCUCCAGUGCCAGCAUCUAGUCCUGUGGUUCCUCCAGGGUCUCCUGUGGGAUCUGCUUGCCACCCUAUGACUCUUCCUUUGGCAUCUGUUCCUGGCCCUGUAGCACCUGCUUCCUGCCCCUUGGCCUCUGUGAUGUGCCCUGGUACUCCUCCUGUGUCCCCAGCAGGGCCAGAUCCUAUACAGUUGAUACCUGCAGCAGCACCCAUGAAACCUGCUUCUAGCCCUGUGGCUCCUGCUUUAGCACCUGUUUCCAGCCCUGUGGCUGUUCCUGUGGCUCCUGCAGGGCCAUCUGUGAAACCUGCUUCUGCUUCAGCACUUGUUGCUGGCCCUGUAGCCACAAUAGGAUCUGCUUCUUGUCCUGUACAAUCAGUUUCUAAGUCUGUUGCUCCUGUUUUGGCAUCUGUUUCUGGCACUAUAUCCCCACCUGUGUCACAAGGAGUACCUGCUCCUAUACUAUUGGCACCUGCAGUACCACCUGUGAAACCUACUUCUCCUGCAUCUACUUCUGACUCUCUAACUCCAAAAGUGCCUGUUCCCCAACCUGUGACUUCUGGCUCUGUGCCUCCAGCAGGGUCUGCUCCUGGAUCAUGGGCCCCUGCUUUGCCACCUGUGAAACCCCCUCCUGGCCAUGUAACUCCAACAAGACCUGCUUCUAGUUCUGUGGCUCUUCCUUUGGCACCUAUAUCUGGACCUGUAACUCCUUCUGUGGCCCCAGUUGGGGUCACUCCUAAACCACUGGCCCCCGCAGUGCCUCCCGAUUCUCUUUUGGCACCUACUGCUGCCCCUGUGGCACCUUCAUCCCAACCUUUGGCUUCUCCCUCUGGCCCUGUGACCCUACCAGGACCUGCUUCUAGUCCUGUGCCUCUUUCUUUGGCACCUUCUGGAUUUGUAACCCCACCUGUCGUUACAGCCGAGGUUGCUUCUCAGCCCCUGGCCCCUGGCCCGCCAUCAGUGAAACCUGCUUCUCCUCCAACACCUGCACCUCACUCUCUAACCCCAGCAGCAGGACCUGUCUUCCAGCCUGUGGCCCCAGCAGGGCCUGCUUCUAAUCCUGUGGCUCCUCCUUUGGCACCUCCUUGUGGAUCUGUAACCCCUCCUAUUGACCCAGCCGGGUCUGCUCCUAGAGCACUGGCCCCUGGGGUGCCACCUGUGAAACCUGUCUCUCCUUCGUUUCCUCCUGUUAGCUCUGUGGCCCCAGCAGGGGUGCCUUCUAGUCCUGUGGCAGCUGCUGCCCAACCUAUGGCUCCUCUAGCAGCCAUUUCUGGCUCCCUAGCCUCUCCUGUGGCUGCAACAGUACCUGCACCUAAACAAGUGGCACCUACAGCUCCACCUGGGAUAUCUACUUCUUGCUCUGUGGCUUCUCAUCCCAUGGCUCCUCUUUUGGCACCUGUCUCUGUUCCUGGGGUUCCUCCUUCCUGCCCCUUGGCAUCUGCAGUGGCACCUGUGAAACCUCCUUCUUUGGCACCUACAUCUAGUCCUGUGGCCACAGCAGAGCCUGCUUCUAGUCCAUUGGCACCUGCUUCUGGACCUGUAGCCCUUCCUGUGGCUCCCACAGGGGUCGCUCCUAGAUCACUGGCCCCCACAGGACCACCUGUGAAACCUGCUUCUGCCCCUGUGGCACCCCCGUCCCAGCCUGUGGCUCCUCCUUUGGCACCCGCCUCUGGGCCUCUGGCACCUUCUGUAGUACCAACAGUGGCUGCUUCUAAGCCAGUGGCCCCCAUGGGGCCACCUGUGAAACCUGCUUCUGUCCCUGUGGCUCCUCCAUCCCAGCCUGUUGGUCCUCCUCUGGAACCUGCAUCUGGGCCUCAGGCAUCUCCUUUGGUCCCAGCAGGGGUUGCUUGUAAGCCAGUGGCCCCCACAGGGCCACCUGUGAAACCUGCUUCUGCCGCUGUGGCUCCUCCUUUGGUACCUGCCCCUGAGCCUCUGGCGCCUUCUGUGGUCCCAGCAGGGGUUGCUUCUAAGCCAGUGGCCCCCACAAGGCCACCUAUAAAGCCACUUCCUGCCCUUGUGGCUCCUCCAUCCCAGCCUGUGGCUCCUCCUUUGGCACCCGCCUCUGGGCCUCUGGCACCUUGUGUGGUACCAACAGUGACUGCUUCUAAGCCAGUGGCCCCCAUGGGGCCACCUGUGGAACCUGCUUCUGCCCCUGUGGCUUCUCCUUUGGCACCCACCACUGGGCCUCUGGCACCUUGUGUGGUACCAACAGUGGCUGCUUCUAAGCCAGUGGUUUCUCCUUUGGCACCUUCCCCUGGGCCUCUGGCGCCUUCUGUGGUCCCAGCAGGGGUUGCUUCUAAGCCAGUGGCCCCCACAGGACCACCUGUAGAACCUCCUUCUGCCCCUGUGGCUCCUCCGUCCCAGCCUCUGGCCCCUCCUUUGGCGCCUGCCUCUGGGACUCUGACACCUCCUUUGGUCCCAGCAGGGGCUGCUUCUAAGCCAGUGGCACCUGCAGUGCCACUUGUGACACCUGUUCCUCCUCUGGCACCUACAUCUGUCCCCAUAACCCCUCCUGCGGCCCCAGCAGUGCCUGCUUCCAGCCCUGUACCCCCUACAGUUCCUUCUUUGGCCUCCGCAGUUUUCCCUGCAGAUUCUGCAGCUGGCCCCAAGGGAUCUUCAGUAGCAUCUUCUAAGCCUCCUGUUGUUUCUGCUUCUGGCCCAGUAGCCUCCCCAACGUCACCUGUCAUCUCUCCUCCUGGCUCUGUGGCCAUUACUUCCCCAUUGGCUGUUUCCACAUCAUCUGCAGCCUCAGCCUCGGCUCCUUCUCUUCCCCCGGUGACCCCUAGCCCUGCCCCCAGAUCCCCAGCUGUCCCUGUUGGCUCUGCUGCCUUGACCUUGGAUGCAUCACAGGUCCCUGUCACCUCUGUUGGGGAUAAGGUGCCUCCACGAAAAACAGUAUCUUUGCCUCUUGCACCUGCAGAUCGUUCUGUUUCUGCCACAGCUGUAAGCAGUCUCCCUCAGCCUGCUUCCCCUCCUACAUCCUCUAUAAAAAAGCUAACUCCCUCUGCUGUGCUUUCUAAGCCAUCACCAGCUUCACCUGCAUCUGGUCUAGCAUCUGAAGUGCCACCCAAACCCCCCACCCCUGUCUCUGCUGUCACUGAAGACGACGAGUUGCCACCUUUGAUCCCUCCAGAGGCGCCUGCUGGGGAGCCGCCUCUGCAGCCAGUCCUGGUGGAUUUCUCUCCUAAACCAGCUGCGGCCCUUGCUGAGGCCCCAGCAACUGCUCCUCUUCCUCCUCCUGCCAAACAACCUGCCCUGAAGAAUGACAAGGGGUCUGGGACAGAAUCCGACAGUGAUGAAUCAGUGCCAGAACUUGAAGAGCAGGACUCUACGCAGGCCACAACACAGCAGGCACAGCUUGCAGCAGCAGCUGAAAUAGAUGAAGAACCAGUUAGCAAAGCAAAACAGAGCCGGAGUGAAAAGAAAGCACGGAAGGCAAUGUCCAAGCUUGGCCUUCGUCAGGUCACAGGUGUAACCAGGGUUACUAUCCGGAAAUCCAAGAACAUCCUGUUUGUCAUCACCAAACCAGAUGUCUACAAAAGUCCUGCAUCAGAUACCUAUAUAGUAUUCGGUGAAGCAAAGAUUGAAGAUCUCUCACAACAAGCACAGCUAGCGGCUGCUGAGAAAUUCAAAGUGCAAGGAGAAGCUGUUUCAAACAUUCAGGAAAACACACAGACUCCCACUGUACAAGAGGAGAGUGAAGAAGAGGAGGUUGACGAGACUGGUGUUGAGGUGAAAGACAUUGAGCUAGUGAUGUCCCAAGCGAAUGUUUCCCGUGCAAAAGCCGUCCGCGCCCUGAAGAAUAACAGUAAUGAUAUUGUAAAUGCUAUUAUGGAAUUGACGAUGUAGCCACCUAGGAAGGGGAACUUUUUGAUUGUUUCAGAGGAGAGUAAAUUGCAACUGAAUUAAAUUUGUACUAUUUCUAUCAAUUAAUAAAAGUUGUGGUUUAAAAGGUU